AUGGAUUUUGGAAAUGCGGAAAAAACGUGUGAUGUUGACUGUGUUGUUGAAAAAGCAAAAUCCAGUGGGAGCCACAGAGAUACAGUCAUCAGUGAGAAAGCCAAAAGGAAGCGCCAAUCUGCAUUCCGCGGAGUGCGCAAACGCAGCUGGGGACGCUACGUCUCUGAGAUAAGGCUCCCGGGCCAGAAAACACGCAUAUGGCUCGGCUCCUUCGGCUCGCCUGAGAUGGCGGCUCGCGCUUAUGACUCCGCUGCUUUCUUCCUCAAAGGAACAUCUGCCACUCUUAAUUUCCCCGACCUCGUACACUCCCUGCCUCGACCUCUCUCAUCUUCCCGGAGGGACAUACAGUCCGCCGCAGCUGAAGCCGCUCUCCACUCUCCGCCUCCCAAAGAAGAACAAGAAUCUAUUUUCACUUCCACCACCACCUCGUCCUUUCACGAUGUCAUGGAAGCUCCUCUUAUGAGUCCCCUUAGGGUGGACUCCACUUUCGGAGAUUUCUCAUGGGACCAACUCUUCGAUUUCAACGAUGACAUUCUCAUCGUGGGAUCAACUUCUGCCACUCUUGUCCCUUAA